GUACCCAAACUAUUAAUUUUCCCCCCUCAUCGCCGCUCUGAUCAACAAACACUCCCAAUUCUCUUCCUGUAUUCCACUCUUACAUCCGUGGAACUCAGCCAUCUCGUCUCUCUUUCAUCUUUUUCAACCGAAUUUCUGGAACCUUUCAGUCACCAUGUCUGACGUCGCUGAGACCAAGCCUGACCCCACCACCGCCGCUCCUGAGGACAAGAAGCCCGAGGAGACCACUACCGGUGAGGGUGAGAAGUCUGUCACCGAUGCUGCUACCGAGACCGCCAAGGAAGCUGUCGACACUGCCAAGGAUGCCUCUGUGAAGACUUCUGACAGCGUGUUUUCCAUGUUCGGUGGCGGCCCCAAGAAGGAGAAGAAGGAGGAGGCUGACGAUGCCGACGAGCCCUCCGGCUCUUCCAAGGCCAAGAAGGCCGAUGACGAUGAGGAGGAGGUUUCCGAGUCCCCUGACGUCCACUUCGAACCCGUGAUCCACCUGACUGAGAAGGUUGAGAUCAAGACCAACGAGGAGCUCGAGGAGCAGGCCUUCAAGAUGCGCGCCAAGCUCUUCAAGUUCGACCGCGAUUCCAAGGAGUGGAAGGAGCGUGGUACUGGUGACGUCCGUCUGCUGAAGCACAAGGAGAACCAGAAGACCCGUCUUGUCAUGCGCCGUGACAAGACCUUGAAGGUCUGCGCCAACCACUACAUCGUCCCCGACAUGAAGCUGAGCGCCAACGUCGGCAGUGACCGCAGCUGGGUCUGGAACGCCGCCGCCGAUGUCUCCGAGGGUGAGCCCGAGGCCCAGACUCUGGCCAUCCGUUUCGCCAACAGCGAGAACGCCAACGCCUUCAAGGAGGCCUUCGAGAAGGCCCAACAGGAGAACGAGAAGCUCUUCGCCGCUCAGGAGUAAACAGCUCCCUUUCUCAUUGCUGAUUUCUCGAGAAAGUGUAGAGAGACACAACCAUUCUGCACUAGGCAUUCAUGACCUUUGUCUCUAUGCAACGUCCAGGAGCUUGCUCUCGAAAAAAACAACUCCCCCAUUCUCGCCCCCUUCCAAAUCGUUUCACCCCAUCGCCCCAUCCCUUUGAAUUCCAUUCCAAUAAACCCCCGAUCCCCUACGACGCGACGAGGCGAGGCAGCAGUUAUGAAUAUGCUCCUCGCAUGCUAUCGUGAGCCAUGCAGUCUACGAAAUGGAGGGCAGUUCCCUGACGUUGGUGGUUCGCAGUUUGGCUGUAGAUAGACAUUUCCCCACCGAAUAUACACCCUGCACAUCGCCAUACCCUGAUAUAAGUAAUUUAUGACGACUAUACCGGUUUGCCCACAAUGCACCAUGAUAAACCAGCAACGAGCUUAGUGAAAUUGCAAGUAGCCCAAUUGCACAUGUGUAGGAGAAUGCAG